CCAUGAACCCUCACUCAGCGAUUCCUGCACCAAGGACAUGAGCACCUGGGGCACAGCCCCCACCUUGUUCAUUUUCACCUGUGUUUCAACUACGUGCUCGGAAAGCUCCCGGGAAGAGUUUUACAGUGGUGGCAAUGUUGCCUUGUGUCGUGGCAUACACACUGGUUUCCAGAGGUUGCAGGAACUUACAAAGAAUACAGAAAGUUCUGCAUCGGAGGUGACAGAGAACCAAAGUCAAGGUGUAAUCAGCAUUUUUCCCCCAAUACCAGGACAGGAAAGUUCCUUGAGUUGGGGUGGAAAGAAAUAUGAAGAUAUCCCAAUAGCUCACAUCAAAGCUACAUAUAACAACACCCAUGUCCAGGUCCUGAGCCCUCAGAACAUGUCAUUUGCCCAUACGUCCUGUGGCACAGAAGGAUUCAGAAAUGCCAAGAAGGCCAGUGCCAUUGCAGCACAGACUGCAGGCAUCGCCGCAGCAGUGAAAGCCUGUGGAAAGGGUGUGUCCCAUGUGCGAGUGGUAGUAAAAGGUCUGGGCCCUGGGCGUAUGGCUGCCAUCAAGGGGUUGACUAUGGGGGGUUUGGAGGUCAUCUCCAUCACAGACAAUACCCCAAUUCCUCACAACGGCUGCCGUCCUCGUAAAGCACGAAGACUCUGAUACAGUAGUGAAAGGAAGACACCAUGUACACCUUGAUGUACUGUGAACUCGUUAUGAAUUUUGCCUUUGAUGGAUCUUGGCAGGAUGCGUUCCUUGGAAACCUUUACUAGGAGAAUCUUAGAGAAUGGACACAACCCUGGUCUUCAGCCUAGUGGUUGAAGUGAGCCCGUAUUUACUGAGUAGGAAGCCUCAUCUGUAAAAUUAACAAAUUAAAAUGUUCUCAUCUUUGUGAUGGUCAUAUC